ACACCGAUUGACAACAAUUUAUAUAAAACAAGAGCGGAGUGAAGAAUCUGUUGUAGUUUGUUUUUUAAUUAUUUCAUAAAGUAAUGGAUUCCGAAAUUCACACUGAUAUAUUUACAGAAGCACUUGAAGUAUUUUUGAAUCAAAUUUUAUACUUGCGCCGAGUGUAUCCUUCACAAAUAUUUAAAAAAAGAAGAAUUUACAACACACCAAUUUUUAUUUCCAUUUAUCCGCCACUGAACGAGUAUCUUAUAAAAGUAUUACAAAUGGUUCGUGAACUACAUUGCAACGGAGUACUAACACGUGUUGAUCUAUUACUGUAUAAAAAUGAAAAUGAAAUUCAUGAACGGUACACAUUUAAUUUUAGAAAGCAUACACCAGAAGAUUUAUUGGAUCUCCCUCAAAAUGAUGAGUUUUUAAUUAAAUACGAAGAAAUUUUGAGAACAUCACUGUACACAAUGGCCGAGCGCCUAAAAUCACUGGAAAGUCUACCUCAAGAUAUCAGAUUUAAAGUAUUUUUCCACACCACUCAAGAGUGUUUUAUUCGAUUUAGUCAAAAUCCACAAUAUCAAGAAUUUCCAUGGGUAAUAGAUUCGUCUGAAAAUAUACAUAGCAAAAACCAAAUCUCACUAUUACCUCUAGCAAUUUUGGAUAAAGUUGGAAUACAGAUAAUGGCCGAAAUAAUAUUGUAGUAAUCCUAUGAGGACUUGUUAAAAUCCAUUAUAUUAGGAAAAGCCACUCAACAAGAAUAAAUUACAUACUAAAAAAUUACGGAAACCUUUUCUACUGCAAUCCACUAUA